CAUAAAUAACACAGCAAGAAUCAAAAGGGCAGAUAAUCCAUUGCUAGAAAGAAAUAAUCAAAAUGGGACCACACUUUGGUAGAAUUAGGAAGCAAAAUGAUGGAGGCUUUCCUCUGCAACUCUGCAUGUGUUUGGUUUUUGGUAGUGGACUCAAGUUAAAAAGAACACACUGAGCUUCUUCUUCCAUCUCUCUCUCGGCUUUCCUUUGUCUCCACUCAUUCCCUUACUCCACGGCUUCAUUCUUGGAGUCAAGCAUCAUCAGCAACAGUACCCCACCUCUCUCCCCAUAGCUUGAGAGAGAGGUCUGCAGAGUUGCUUGAAACCGAGUUUGGACAUGGAGAGGAGGAACCUCAAUUUUAGUGCACCACUUCUAUCAGUGAGACGAAUUACUGCAUCUCCAGUGUCCACAAGUUCAGACUCUGGGAGGGUGACUCCUAGGUUGGCUAAUGGAAGACAUACACUUCCUCUUCCCAAAUCAGAUUUUUCUUUGCAGCAGGUAACGAAACCAGUUGCAGUUCCUUUUCAUUGGGAAGACAUUCCAGGAAGAUCAAAGGAUGAAGAACCAAAGAUUCAGUCUCGAGAAGAGCCUUCUGUUACACCAAGACUUCCCCCUGGAAAGCUUGUAGAAGUUAAAAAGAAACCUUUAGGAAAAGAGGAAGCUGAUCAAAAGGCUAUGAGACCCUCCUUGAAAUCAUUUUCUUCGAAUGAAACUGCAACAGAAGCCAAGUGCUCAAAAGAGGGAGGGAAUGAGAGAAGAGCCUCAAAAUUUGAGGAUGAGAAUGACGUUUAUUCUGAUGCACAUGAGACACUGUCCCCGCCUACUGAGUCUUUCUCCAUGAACUGCAGUGCAGCUGGCACAUGCCAAUCUCAUUCUGCAAAUGUGAAGCCAUCUAUUGAUCCACAAACUCGAGACUUCAUGAUGAAGCGAUUUUUACCUGCAGCCAAGGCAAUGGCGUUGGAGACACCUCACAUUUCUAUAAAGAAGCAACAACAUACAGUACCACAUGAACAACCAAGGAAAGUCACAAGGGUGAUCAGACAGGAUACAAGUCCCUUACCUAAUCAACAACGGUCUCACAUGGAACUAGUUCAGUAUGGCCAAUACAAAGAGGAAGAAGAGAGUGAAGCAGAGGAGGAUGAGUAUGAUGACCCUGGUUAUAUUGCACCAAAGGGUUGUGGCCUGUUUCCUCGUUUAGGCUUGAGAAAUUCUCUGUGCCCUUUACCUGUUCCUGCGAUGAAAGCUAGGGCCCGGGCUCUCAUAUCUUGCUCUUCUAAUGCUGCAAUACCAGGAAAAACUACUCAUAGUCGGUCUCACAGUCAACCACUGAAGCAGGGUAUGAAGAUUACCAAUAGUCAAUCGCAUAGCCAACCACUCAACAAGGCUAUUAAGCCUGCUAAUAACCAGUCUCAUAGCCAACCACUCAACAAGGUUAUAAAGCCUGCUAAUAGUCAGUCUAAUGGCCAACCACUCAAUAAGCGUGAUCAGGAUGCUGCUUAUUAUCUCAAAGCAGACCGUAGAUGUUUUUCAGGUGAAUUACCAAGAUUGGUGAACAAUCAGGCUGCUCACUCCAAUCUGUUUAGGCUCUCUGGUGAGCAACCAAAAGGUAGGGCAUCUCCCUUCAGGCAAUCAAGAAGUCCUUGCAUAUCCCCUUACCGAAAUGAAAGACCUAAAUCUCCCUUUACUGGAGGGGGGUUUCUUGGUGUUCCCAAAGAAGAGAAUGUCAAAGUCAGUAGUAGUAAGUUCAAUAUGAAUGACAAAGUUGGCCCCAAGUCUCAGGAGGUACUAAGCCAUCAAAGAAAUAAACAAGGGUCAUAUACUGUGAUCCCUAUGAUUGAGAAGACACUGUAUGUUGAUACUGUAAAUACUACCAAAAAAUCGUGUCUGAAUUCAAGCUCUUUGUAUACCAAAGAACGAGUAGACUCUGCUGUUGAGGACAUUCGGACCCUAUUAAAGAGAAGUGGGAUGGAACAAAUGUCUACAGAUGAGUCUUUGUUUCAAGAUAUCAAAUGCCUGACUAAUUUUGAGAGCAAUGGCGUCUCAGAACCUGCAGUAUUGGAGUCUGUUGAAGAUAGUUCAUCUUCAUUUUCUGACAUAUCCCAUAUCAAAGGCCAAGUAGUUGCAGUGGAGGACUCCCAGCUAGGAGUUGAUACAAGGAGUGAUGACAUUAUAAAAGAGGAUCCAGGAAAUGCUAGCAUUAUUGUAAUACAGUCUCCUCUUCCCCCACCUUUACCAAAAUCACCUUCCCAGUCUUGGCUCUCAUCGACACUCUCUUCAACUCCUUCAAGCAAACCAGUCUCCACUGGUACCAAAAGGCAUUCUAAAAGGUCGAGUUCCAAACCUUCCUCUGCUGGUACCAAGUGGGAAACCAUUGUAAAGACUUCCAAUUUGCACCAUGAUCAUGUGCGCUUCUCCGAGGAAUUAAUCACUCAUGUUUGUCAGCAACCUAAGAAUUAGAAUGUCUCAGUUCUUCAAAGCUUCUUCCCACUUCCUGAAUAAUAGGGUAUGGCCUUACUCUGGAGAUUCUUGUCCCCUAAUCGUUUUCGCUCAUGAGAUCUCUAUAGAGCAAUAUAUUUUGGUGUUCUUAGUUUUUGCUUACAACUGAUACAGCUUAUAGAGUUAUAGGUAAGAAACAGAUCGAUGAGCCAAAUUUUAGUGUAAUUGGCAUGUAUAUAUCUCAAUAGUCAAUUCUAAAUUGUUUGGCUUCCUCUGAUGCUAAUGAGAAAAGAAUCACUUGUUAUUUUCUUAUUGAUAUGACAUUAUGUGGUGUUGAAACGUUGGUAAGGUUCAGAU